GUGGAGAGAAAGAAAGCCAUUGCACAGCGUGGACAUGUUUGUAACGGAGAACAUGCAAUAAGUGAUCGUUUCCACGCAAGAGUGCUCACUCUGUGAACUUCGCCCACUGUGCGGCUUGACGCGAUGGCUGCUGCUGCUGCUUCUCUGGGGGAAGUUGGAGGCGUCCUGCACGGCAUUGCUGAUGGGCUCGCGCACGUCGGCUCCCACUUCGUCCUGACCCCACUGGUGGAGGGUCCCACCCUGCUUGGGGAGCACCUCGUACCCGGGGACCGGCUGUCCCGCAGCAGCACCCCGGCGGAUUUAACGCACCUCAAAGGGAUCCUGAGGAGGAGACAGUUGUACUGCAGGACGGGCUUCCAUUUGGAGAUACUUCCGGAUGGCACCGUGCAGGGGACCAGAAAGGACCACAGUCGUUCCGGGAUUUUGGAAUUCAUAAGCCUGGCUGUUGGCUUAAUAAGCAUUCGAGGAGUGGACAGUGGACUCUAUCUGGGGAUGAAUGAUAAAGGAGAGCUAUAUGGCUCUGUAAGUACAUUCUUCUUAUUCAUCCUGUGA